AAAGUGUGAGGGUCCCUGACUGAGUGAGGCUGAAUCUGACAGGAAGUGACUGUAGGUCAGCAGAACUCACUUCUCUGCAGAGAUAGAUGGCAUUGGUAUCCUGAUUGCGAUGCAGUGUGGGCUUGAGCAAAGGAGAGUCGGGAACUUAAUCAGCUCUGUGGGGCACGACAUUUAGAAUUGAUCUCUUCCUGCAAACUUUAGCUGACAUAUAUUAGCUCUAUACAUCUACUUUACUCCCCAGCCUCUCUGUACAUAUGCAAGCUGGCAUAUUGAAGGAUGGAAGCUGUAGCUCUGUAUGCCUUUCAAGCUUCAGAGAAUGAUGAACUCAGUUUUAAAAAAGGGGAUAUACUGAAGAUCACAAACAUGGAAGAUGAUCAGAACUGGUUCACAGCAGAGCUGGGAGGGCUGAAGGGCUUUAUUCCAAAGAAUUAUAUUAAAGUAAAACCACACCCAAGGGUGUGUUUUGCCAGAUGGUUUGCUGGACGGAUCUCCAGACAUGUUGCUGAAGAGAGGCUGUCCCGGCAACGAGAAUGCGGUGCGUUCCUGGUCCGGGAGAGUGAGAGCUCCCCGGGGGAAUUCUCUGUGUCCGUCAGCUACGGAGAUCUUGUGCAGCAUUUCAAAGUCAUGAACAAUGGACAAGGCAGAUAUUUUAUCUGGGAAGAACAAUUCAACUCCCUCAAUGAGCUGGUGGACUAUUAUCGAACUACAUCCAUCGCCAGGGGGCAGACAGUUUUCCUGAGGGAUGAAGAGCGCACGUUUGAGAAGCCAAAGCAGGCCCGGGCUCUUUUCGACUUUGCCCCACAGCACUUAUCGGAGCUGGUUUUCUACAGAGGGGACGUCAUAGAGGUCCUGGACUGUUCCGACCCCAGCCGCUGGAAAGGGAGGUGCCAUGGCAAGGUGGGGGUAUUCCCAUCUAAAUACGUCCAGCCUACCUACCACUAACCACGCAACACUGGAACUCAAAGUGCACUUCCUAGCACCUCUAAUCCAUUUACAAAAACAUGCAGAUAUAAACAUCAGUACUUAAAUCUGUUGUGAAAUGUGCACAAAGCCGAAUCCUGACACCCAAAUCUUACAUGCAAGAGGUUGAUGAACAUUGGGACAUCUGAACAGCAAGACAUACUGUUAGAGGAAACAUGUGUUGUACGGUAAUACUGAGAGAGUUACCACGCCAGCUCAGCCUAGAUUUGCUGAGAGACCUUGGAGACGCUUACCUUCUAUAAUGCAUCAGAUGCCUCUGCCUUCAAAGCAGUAACUAUUGAAUGUAUCAAAAUUGUGUUGUUGUUUUUUCCUUAUGUACAGACACUAAAUAGCUCUCUCUAAAUCUUACCCAAGAGGGUGAUACUGUGUUUUUUCAUUUGUUUUGUAAUCUGCUUUGCAAUAAGAAUACCCCAAGCUGGCCUUGUCCUCGGCCUGGCAAUCGCCAUAAAAGCAUUAUCGCCUUGGAUAUUUUCUAUGUGUGGUAUAUUAUAGGAUACACACAAAACCAGAUAUUAUAGGUAUCUUUCCAACAGUUCACUCAUAUUUGUAGUAAAACAUGUAAAUAUUUUGCUGAAACACAACUAAGUUGAGAAUGAAGAUACUCUUCUUAGUGUGCUUCUUCACCUGUGAAAAUGACGAGGAAAGGAAACUGGGGAUGAAUUAUUGUACAAAGGGUUUAUU